CCCUCUUUACCUCGCCUCACUUCCCUCCUCUCCCUCCUCCUCUCUAGUGUUACGUAUAUAAGCAGCGUCGCACAGUGCUCAGGUACCAUUGACCACCGAACCGCCGCGCAGGCCACUACCACUACUCUUCCAACCCAACUCAGCAUCAUGAAGGUCAUCGUGUUGGCGUGCCUCGUGGGCUUGGCUAUGUGCGCCCCUCAGCAACAGCGGUACGAACAGCCAGCUCCUCCCCCGCCUCGCUAUGAGCAGCCAUUUGACAGCGAGGAAGUGAAAUUCGACCCAGAACCUUACCAGUUCAGUCUCGCGGUGGCCGACGAUGAGUUCACCAACUACCAGAGCCGCGUGGAGAGCCAGGACGAGAACGGUAAUGUGCAGGGCGAGUACUCCUGGGUGGGUCCUGACGGCAUCCGCUACAUCACCCAGUACACUGCCGACCCCAUCAACGGCUUCCAGGUGAACACCGUGGAGGAGCAGACUGACAUCAAGGUCCGCAUCCCUGAGCCAGUCCCCAUCGAGGAACAGGCUGGAUACAGAUACGAAUAAGAUGCUCGCCCUGCCCCGCUCCGCCCGCAACGCCCGCCACUCUCGCCUCACCAUCACCAAAGCUCACUCAUCGCUCUUCUCCCUUCCCUUGCAAUUCCGAUCUCUGUUCACGAUCUCUUCGACCUAAUGAGCGCAAACUGCCUCAUUUUGUCACUCGUAUUCAGACCUGUGCAUAUUUCUUCCCUCUCAGAUCUUGCUCUUCAUCUUCACCACACUGCGAUACCUGAAGUCAGUCAGUGUUUAUUUAUCUAGCCUUCACCAUGCUCUUCCUGCUCUCGGUGUGCCAUACCCCUGCUUGAGACCUCCUCCACUACUCCUGAACUACGAAACAAGUUUAAGGUUAUGGAAGUCGUUAUACAAAGGCCAGAUUGGCGAGGGAGGCCGCGGCCCUGAACCUCUCUGGUCUGCUGUAUAUUAUAAUGUACAUAAUUCAUGACGUCAUGAAUGCAUGAACGAGACAAAGCCAUCUAUGAACUCCUGCAUGAUUUAGCUACACACUGGUAUACUUGUACCGACUGGUCCAUAGCUGGGGGUAAAGAAUAGUUAUAAUGACGACGGUAAAUGAUAAAGAUAAUAUUAUCAAUGAUACUAGAACUUCUAGCAUAGUUAAUAUCGAUAUCUAAGUCAACUUUUUCUUACCUUUUUUCUUUUUUGUUAUUGUAUUAUUUUAUCAUUUCAGUCUCUGUCCUCUGUUCUGUUCCUGACUUGUUAUGCAUGUCGACGGUCCACGUGUCGUGGAUCGAAAUAUUCUUUUUUUUACUCUGCAUUUUUUGUUCACUUGUUCCUCAGAUCUGUCUUCGAAAUACCAUUUUCUAUUGUAGUCUCUUUUCUCUUUUUUCCUGUCCAUUACUUGCUCUCUAACUCUUGGAAAUUGCAAUCUGCAUGUAGGUGGAUCAACAUACAGUAUACGUCCAUCCUUUCCUUCAGUAACUUCAACGUUCAUCUUUCUUUUAAAACUAUCCACAAAGGGGCCUUAUUCUUACCAUACUUCCAUUUCCUCUUGAUUCCUGUCACUUUCUCUUUCACGAGAUAUUUUCACCUGCAUGCAGCUGAGGAGGGGCAGCGUGGGCGGGAGAUCCUGUAUAUACCUCCCCACCCGCGUCCCGCCUUCCUCCUCCUCUUCCUCCCUCCGUCCAUUGUUUUGUUAUAGGCUUCCAUAGGCUCGCUGCUCUUAUGAGUUAGUACAAAAUAAACCUGAGCUUGCUGAACA